CUUCCCGAGGGCAGCAUUGUGAAGUCCGUCUAUAGCCAUGGCCUCUCAGCAUGGUCAUUCACUCUCAGGAUUGAGACCACCAAGGAGAAUGGAAAGCCAGAGUCUUUUUUUGCCAAGUAUGUGGCUGGCGAUCUUGGUCAGCAACAACUGAAAGGCGAAUACACUGGCUUGACAGAACUUUACAAGCUGGCGCCAAAGCUAGUGGUCCGACCUAUCGCGUGGGGCAAGCUGAAGAACGUCGAGAUUGCGAGCUAUUUUCUCCUCAUUGAGUUCAGGCACCUUGUCACGGGCCUCCCAGAUCCUGCCAAACUGGGACUUAGGCUCGCAGAAAUGCACAAAAGAAGCGAGUCACCAACUGGUAUGUUUGGUUUUGGCAUACAGACUUACGACGGGGCACGACUACAAUCUAUCGCUUGGGAUGCGAGCUGGACGUCUUUCUUCUCCAACCUGCUGGCGGAAGCAAAACGUCAAGACACCGAGACGAACGGAGUCUGGCCGGCAAUGGAACUUGUCUUCGCAAGAGUCCAAUCUCAUCUGAUACCACGGCUUAUCGGUGCGCUCGAGACACAUGGUAACUCGAUCAAACCUUGUCUGAUCCAUGGAGAUCUAUGGGACGGCAAUGUUGCGAGCGACGCUGACUCCGGAGACCCCAUCAUCUUCGAUUGCGGUGUUUAUUAUGCACACAAUGAGAUGGAGCUGGGUAGCUGGAGAGCAGAAAGGCAUAGAUUUCGGGAUAAAGUGUUCCGGCGGGAGUAUCUACGCCAUUUCCAGGCAAGCAAGCCGGAAGAAGAAUGGGAUGAUAGGAAUCGUCUCUACAGCGCAAAAACCAACCUCAUGCAUUCUGCUUGUUAUGCAGGUUCUCCAGCACGGCAGCUUGCUUUCGACGAUUUUGUUCAUUUGAUCCAGAAAUAUGCUCCAUUCGAAGAUGGGUCUCAGGAUUGGAAGCGUGUUCAGGAUAAUAUAGCAGGAUCACCUCGAAUCGAGUAG